CCUUGGUCAUCGACGACUACUCAACCUACCACUUCCAAACGACACCACUGCCUUCCGCCCCGGCCCUUCAAAGCCUCGCCUAACAAUCCCGCCGCCCUAUUUCGAACAAUCCACGCCCUUCGCACCUCGCAGACACCCGCAUUGACCCGAGUUCCAACCCUUGCCUAGAAUCAUCGUCCUUGCUUCGACGUCCUCCCACACCGUUGCCAAAAGGACAUCCCUCGAACCUCUCGCGACGUGCCUCGACACACCGUCUGCCGCAAACAACUCUCCUACAACUGCUGCCUCGCUCUGCAUCGUCCAGAACCUGUCCAAAAACGCCUCAUCGUUGGCCUCGACUGCCACUCUAUCAGCAUAUCCGCUGCGCGCCACCCGAGUUCAGCGAGGCCGCCGUCGUCCCUGUCACCCCACGACUCACGACUUUGGCGCCGCGUUGACUGAUCGUCGCAUCAUCAAACCUUCCCUCCUCCGUACAAUAUUAUCACCCCUUUGAGUCGACUUCCGGCCAUCUCCUUCAAUCACUCCGCCGCCCCCUUUUAACAGCCGAAGCAAUUCGCAGGCGGCGGUACUGCCGCAGUGACUCUCACGAACGAGGCGGGGGAGGGUGGACCUCGUGAACCGACCUCCCAGGGAUUCGGGUGUCAUCGCGCAACAAAGGCCGCGAAGCCUCCUGUCCUUGAGACGCCCGCCCGAGCCCGACGCUUACAUGGGGGGCGGUGUCUGAACGGUGCCUUCGAUCCUGCGUCAAGCGCCAGUCUCCUGCAGUCGCCUCGCCGGACUGCCACGCUCGUUACAUCGCCAGGAAAUUCGCACACCACCUGUCACUCUCGCACCACUUGCGCUGGUAUCUUCGCCGAUCGAUCGUGACCGCCACUGCGUCUGGGAUGGAUCCGCGAUUUCCAGUCUCUCGCGAAGAACUUUACAACCUGCAAAUGGAAGUGAAGCAAGUCCAGUACACGCAGACCAACCAUGCAGAGCGGAUACUGCGACUCGAGAAGCGAAAUGCGGACGACUCGGCGUUGAAGUCGGUGUGGAACUCGCCAUUUCCCGGCGUGCUUGGAGGUACUCCUCAGCAAGGGCCCGUGCAAAUCCCGCACAAUGACAUGUUUGAGGACCUGGACGAGCAAGGCGAGCAGCUGCUCGGCUCCCUGCACCUGGGCCCCGCGGAGGAGGAGCCUGUCCGGCGCGGCGCGGCCUCGCGGGCAAAUAGUGUUCGUUUCGACGAGAGCGCCCUCCACGGCUCGAGCUGGGGCGGGCAGAGCAACCGGCACUCGGGCGAAUUUGGACCCAUUCGUCCAGGUAGCGGCCUCAUGAUGGAGCGCACCCUUUCCCACAAGUCAGACGGCAGGCACAGCUCAGCGGGACAUUCAGUGCAUUCCCAUCAUUCUGUUGCCUCGGGCCGUGCGAGCAGUCUCGGCCUGGACAUCAACCUGGACGACGACGACGACUCUUCAUUUGAUAUCCCCGCGCCGCCAGUGUCGCUCUAUGUCCUGGGAACCGUCCCGUCCAUCAUUCGCUGCUGGCUGACGACCCACUACGCGCACGACACUCUGCUGUAUGCCGAUGUAUGCACGGGGUCGCAAAAGUCAAUUGUCGAUUACUCGCUCUUGAAGGAGUUAGACCUGUUGGACGAAUUGGACCGCGACAUGAACGGCGUCUGUCACGCCAGACUGAACGUUUAUCUAGCUGAAGCAGUCGUCACGCAGCACAACAGCAGGAAUGGCCGGCCCGGAGGCUCGGUCCCAUCCAUGACAGUGCUUUUCGAGGUCGUCGGCAGCGAGAAUGCGACCCAGUCGGCGGAACAGAAGCGAAUCCGCAUCUACAUUGGCAGCGAUGCCCUUCGAGCUCACUCGGCCGACGUCUUACUGUCCCAGAACAAGAUGGCCCUCUACGGGAGCGAGCGCGAUCGCCUGCAGGUGCCAUUCGUGCGCCCGGAAGACGAAAACAUGUUUCGCCACAUCUGCACCGCAAGCAUGGCGCCGGAGAAGCCUAGGCUCAACGCCAACGCCACACCGUUUGUCGCGGGCGACGGCCACCCGGUACCCAGUGAAGCAGUGCGCAACGGCUCGCGCGCGGCGCGUCAAGAAGUGAUUGCGCGCCCGCGGUCCUCGGCGGGUGAUUCCCAUGCCGACCCUCACAAGCCCGUCAUGGCCAGCGGGACAUCUGACGCAGGCGGCGACAGCGACAAGAUAGGACGAGAUGCUGCCGAAGCCACGGACUCGGAACACGGGGGCAAGGAUGGAUCGAACACAUCGGAGACGUCUCGUCGCGAGUCCUCCACGUCGUCAGGAAUUUGGGGAUCCUGGCGGCAAGGCGCUGGCGCCGGACCGGAUGGCUCGCAUCGAGAGGCCGGUCUCCUCAGCGGAUAUCAGCCCGCCGCGCGCAGCAGUCGCAAUAUGAAGGUCCUCAAGUCCCUCAAGUCAAGUUCCACCUCGGCCAGGACCGGGGCUUCAUAUGAGCCCCCUUUGCCCCCCAAGUCCGUCGACGCGCGUCGCAAGGGCCAGGGCAGCAUCAGCAGUGAUGUCGCAAACCCCGCGAACGGGACGGCCCGAUGGGAUGCGAAGCGCACUGUCAACUCUGGCGCAGACGCCAAGAGCCAGGCCAGCAAUCGAGAUUCUAGCCGAAACUCUGCGACGCUGCCAAGAUCAGCGAACCCCGUUGGCGUGGCCUCGGCCUUUUCAUGGAUGACGCCCUCGACAAAGCCGGCGCAGUCAAAGUCUUCGGCGGAAACCGGACAGUGAGCAGGCAUGUGGUUGGCACGCCAGCCGCCGAAGACUAGCUAUGUGCUAUUCACGAUGCGAGCUAUUCAGUCCAGAGCGUCCGCAACGUCGCGCCGCCCGAAUGAAAACAUGUGCAAGUGUUGGCGGUCACUCAAGGCUAUUGGAAUGGCCUGAUACGGAAUGAUCCGAUAGAUGUAGCGGCGCGGGCGACCGCGUCAUGUGCCUGCGUAAUCAAAGUUAUAUACCAAUAUACUUGCUCCAAAGCCC